AUGCAAGAUCCAGCAAGUCCGUAUUUUUUGCAUCCUGGUGAAAGUCCUGGUAAUCAUUUAAUUCCAGUUACAUUGAAUGCACAUAACUACAACUCUUGGAGCAGAGCCAUGUUGUUAGCCUUGAAAUCAAAGAACAAAUUGAAGUUCAUUGAUGGUUCGAUAACAAAACCAAAUGAGAAUGAUCCCUUAUUCGAAGCCUGGGAGAGGUGCAACACGUACAUUGUGUCAUGGAUAAAUUUGUCUUUGAGUCCAGAUAUCGCAGGAAGUGUCAUAUGGAAUAACAAUGCCUCAAAUCUUUGGAGAGAUUUAAGACGCAGAUACUAUCAAGGUGACAAGUUCAGAGUGGCUGAAUUACAAGAGGAACUCUUUCAAUUGAAGCAAGGAGAUGCUAGUAUAACAGCUUACUACACAAAGCUGAAAUUGAUUUGGGAGGAUUUGGACAAUUUCAGGCCCGUUCCUAAUUGUGAAUCUUGUGAUUCAAUUUGUUCUUGUGGAUUGAAAGUCAUGAGGGAGUAUAGAUGCGAAGACCACACAACCAGAUUUCUCAGGGGACUUAGUGAACAAUAUUCUGUUCCUAGAUCACAAUUGAUGCUUAUGGAUCCUCUGUCUGACAUCGACACUGCCUUUUUCAUGCUCACACAGCAGGAGCGACAAUUUAAUGAAUCUCAAGAAACCAAAAUCUUCCUCAACAAAGCAACAUCAAACUUCAAUGAUGAUAGAAAUAAAGGGAGAGGCAGAGGAAGAGGAAGAUCUAAUGCAACUGGAAGAGGAAGAGGCAGUAGGAUGCAGUGCACCUUCUGCGACAAACCAGGACACACAAUUGACACAUGUUAUAAGAAGCAUGGUUUGCCACCUCAUUUGAGGCAAAGGCAGUUUAGCAGCAUCAAUUACAUGGCUGCUGAGGCACCUGCUGAGAAGAAAAGUGAUGAUGAUCUCAGCCAAUGCAGUCUAAUCUAUUGCCAGAAGAAAGCUAAUGACUCGUCAAGCCUCGAUCUCACUCCACACCAAAAGGAAGCUAUCAUCAAACAACCAUUUCAUGUAUAA